UGUUGAGGGAUUUACUAUUUUUUAGUUUCGCGAAAACUUCAUGACCCUUCUGGCGGUCCGUACUUGUUUAUAGGGCAGCAGCGGCAUAGUGCAGCUAAUGCUAAUAAUAACACAGCGUCAACAAAGGUCCGAAAUAUAUAAUUAGAUUUAAAAUAUACAGCGAUAUAAAUUGUAAUAUUUACUAAAAGACCCGUGACUCGCUAUAAAAUAGUUUAUAUACACAAAAAGCUGAAAAUACGACGUACUACUAUAUCUAAGUCCUUAGUAGUCACAGUGUUCCGUACAGCCGUAUUGAUCCACUAACGGACAGUGCAAUAACAGUGUUCCGUACAGCCAGUUUUUAUCAUUGAGUUUUGCAUUUAUUAUACAAACUUUUGGUUAAUUUGGAUGCACAGAGACCCUGUUAAUUACUUUACAGUGUGCUUUCAUUUUUACACUUUAAUUUUCAUACAAAAGUAAUCAGGUUUAAAUAUAAAUUAUAUAAAUAAUCUGGACAGGUCAGAUAUUUUUGGUGCAAGUCUGUUUUGUAAUGUUCAGACUGCAUGUGUGUUUCAUUAAAGCAGCAAACAAGACUUUACCAAGGUGGUUUGGGGUCUGUACCCAGGUAAAACCACCCAUCUUACCGCUGAUUAUAAAACCACAUCAUCCUGAGAGAAAGUCUGUAGUAAUUACAUCCGCCUGCUGUAUCUCAGGUGAGUUUAGAACAUCAAACCAACCACAAUCUCAGGAGAAAAACAGGUCAGACUCAGACGUUUAAAUGCUGCCUGUCUGGGAGCAACAACAGCUCAGCCAAGAGACCACACAAGCUCUUAAAAUAAAGUCAUGAAGAGUGGUGAAGUGUAAAAACAUUUGUAUGUUUAGUAGGAUCCAUAGGUUUUAAAGACUGGUGUAAAGCACACCCUCAUUAGAUGUCGCAGCAUGGAAGUGUACAAUCACUUUUUUGAGAACUGUGAACUUUUAACUUUUUGGCAACAGUUUGGGGAAUUGCUAAAGAAAAGUACAAAUCGCUCAUGGAGGGGGGUGGUGAGCUCACAUCAUCAGCACAGAUGGAACAAGGAGCAGUCCAUAAGAACGUGAAGGCAAGGAGAUUGAAGAGGAACCAGAGGAAGCCUCGAGGACGGAAGCCGAAAGCGAAGGAAACUGACAGCACGAUGAAGCUCCUGGCUGAACUUCCCUUCACAAACACUGAGACCUGGAAGGAGCUUGGCUUCUACGACCCCGAUGCGAGUGGGAAGACAAAAAGAAAGAGGAAGGAGAAAGGACAAGACGAGGAAGAGGAGGACAGAGGCAAAGAAAAAAAGAAGAAAGGCAGUCCUCGACCCAACUACUUUGUCUCAAUCCCCAUCACCAACCAAAAGAUAAAGCAGGGAGUUGAAGAGGUCCAGGCCGAGGUUUUACAAAAGGAGCCUCGACUCUCCAGAGCUCUUAUUCCUAUCGGCACCCUCCACAUCACGGUGCUCGUCACCCACCUCGCCACUCAGGAGGAGAUAAAUGCAGCUGCAUUAGCAUUAGAGGAGAUGCAAUCAACUUUGACGUCGCUGGUGGGUGGGCGGAGUCUUGUGCUACCGUUCCGUGGCAUUGGUCACUUUCGUCAGGAGGUAGCGUUCAUUCAGAUCGAAGAUGGUGAGCAUCUCGACACCCUCACACACAUCGCAGACUCGGUGAGAAGGGCGUUUGAUGAGAAGGGGAUUCCAAUCGCAGAUCAGAAAGCGUUCACGCCUCACCUGACGUUCAUCAAGCUCUCACGGGCACCCACGCUCCGGCGCAAGGGAAUCAAGAAGCUGGAUCCCGGGCUGUACGGCGAGUUUGAGCAGAAGAUAUUUGGACAGGAGAACGUGUGUCGACUGGAUCUGUGCUCCAUGUUGAAGAAGAAGGAUGCUGAUGGUUACUACCAUCGUGAAAAGACCGUCACAUUCGACCUUGUGCAGACUGCACGCCGCACUUCACGAACAAGUGGUAAGCGAGGGCCGGAGCUCGAUGAUGACGAGCUGAUGAGUUUGAGUAAGAGGCUGGUGGAAGACGCCGUGUCUCGGGCCGUACAGCAGUACAUGGAGGAAACCCAGCAGAACGGUGCCGCGCCCAAAGACGAGGCUCCGCCCGUCGACGGCUUAACCAAAUGACCGGACCUCUUCCUACCGAUCUGGCCUCUGAUCUGCCCCUCAGCUACCUGGGCGGAGUGGCGAGACACACGCCUCCUGCGCCACUGGGCGAGAGGAACUGUGGAGGGCUGAGAUGAACUGGAUCAGGUGGUGGAUGUUCACUAUGCAGGUUUUUGCUCUCCGGUGUUCGAUGCUGAGGAUUUGUUGAGUGUUUUUUUAUUGCUGCGACGCCAAGAAGGUUUGGAGAGGGAACUGCCACAAGAGUCCACUGGUCACACGUUAAGCUUAACUGCACUGGGAUUCGGACUGUGUUGGGGGUUUGAGAUUGGUGGUGGACAGUCACGUGAGGUUUUUUUUUUUUUUCGAGCUUACGAUCACGUCACAAUGAAACUGAACUGCACUUCCGGACCACAACCACCUCAGAUGUGCUUUGAAAGAACCUUUUUGUUUCUUAUACGUCUGUAAUUCUGUGUGUUGCUUUUUGGUGAUUUCUUCCUGCCGAUGCUUUUAACCCGUUGUGAUUGUGAUUACCACGGACAAUCAUUUCAAAAAGUGUUUCCUAAUGGAGGAAAGAUCAUAAAGUGUGUUUACUUAAUUAUAAUAGAAGUUUAGAGCAGCAUUCACACCAGACUGGGCACCUUUGGUGAACUGUCUAGGGUGUGUUAUUGGAUUUCAUGGGAAACCAGACCCACCACGACCCAGAACAGGAUAAAGCUGUCGUAAAACAUGACAAUAAGAUUUUUUUUUGCUUUUUUUGUUAGUGUAUAAAGUUUAUUAAGUUGCAUUUUGUUCUAAGUAAACACUAGUUAUAAUGAAAUGUGAAAGAAAUCCUUGGUUCUCAUUGGCCGCUUUUCCAUAUUACGCCACUUUAGGCCGUUUCUGUUAAUGAGAAAAGCACAGCAAAGAAACUGAACCACGCUUCUGUCUGAAUUAGGUAAAUAAACUGACGUAAUGAGUGCCAAAGCUGCACUGCUACUCUGCACAGUAAAUAAAUGGUUUUACUUUACAAGUAUCGAUUUGAAAAGGAACAUGACCCACCCUAAUACGGGAAGAUUGUGUUCUAAACUAGUGUCAGUAUUUGUACAGAUAGUACUUACACUAUUGUGUAUUUAUUUAGUACAGUAGUGUGCAGUUUGGGAUGCUGUAUCUGCGCUCAUGCACAUACUGAUCUCCACUCAGAGCCAAACACACAUCACAGGUGCUUCUGGUUCUCCAGCUUCUUCCCCUUCCACUCUUUUGACCGUCCCAUCACAUCAGGCACCUUUAUGAGAUCUUUAUUAAGUUAAUUAAACUUUAAAUGAGAAAUAUGAUGAAAUUAUUGUCCACAGUAAUCACACCCACAAUACAGAUACAGAUAAAUGCUGUUGAAUUUCUUAGUGUGUGUAAUCUGUCUGGUUUAUUUGUGUGUGUGUGUGUGUGUGUGUGUGUGUGUAGGUCAUGUGUGUGAUACACAGUCCUUCAGGAAGAUGCUGGAUUCGAACAGAUCGAGUCUUUAUGGCCGACUGAUGGACUUUAAAACACUGUUAAA